AUGGCAGCCCAAAGGAGGCGCUUGGUAAAAGAGUUCAAUCCUUACGUCACUUGCUAUAUCUGCAAAGGCUAUCUUAUCAAGCCCACCACCGUCACUGAGUGCCUGCACACGUUUUGUAAAAGUUGUAUUGUCCAACAUUUUGAAGAGAGCAACGAUUGCCCAAAAUGUGGAAACCAAGUUCAUGAAACCAAUCCUUUAGAAAUGCUAAGGCUGGAUAACACACUUGAAGAAAUUAUAUUUAAAUUAGUGCCAGGACUUCGGGAAAGAGAACAAGACCAAGAAACUGAAUUCUGGAAAAGGAAACGUCCAGAAGAAAGUGGAGAAGAUGGACAUCCAGACAAUAAAAGGCUUAAGGAUGACGAAGAGGAGAAUGACGAAAACAAAGACUACCACAGAAGCGACCCCCAGAUUGCCAUCUGUCUUGAUUGUCUACGGAAUAAUGGCCAGUCUGGGGAAAACAUAGUAAAGGGGUUGAUGAAGAAAUUCAUCCGUUGUUCAACACGCAUAACAGUUGGGACUAUCAAAAAGUUUUUAAGUUUAAAAUUAAAACUUCCAAGUACUUAUGAGCUGGAUGUUCUAUGCAAUGGCGAGAUUAUGGGGAAGGACCAUACAAUGGAGUUCAUAUACAUGACAAGGUGGCGGCUGAGGGGUGAAAAUUCUUAUCCAAUGGUAUUGCAAUAUCGACCAAGAAUUGACUUUGGUUAA